AUGAGCCAGCCAGCUCCUGUGAAUGCUCCCCACCUGGCAGAGCUCCCUGGUCACCAAAUGAAGCCGCGUAACAAGCCGCUGGAACCCCUGUCGCAGCCAGGGCAGCCGGGGCAGCGCAUGAGAGAGCGCGAGGUGGACUGCCCGUAUCGCACGGAGGGGCAGGGGCAGAACCUGCACCGCUGCGCCAUGGGGUACGCGGGGUGGGCGAAUGUGACAGGCGGGAAGGGAAAGGUGGUGUACUGGGUGUCCUCUGCCAUGGAUCACCCCACCUCCCCCUUGCCUGGGUCACUGCGCUGGGCACUGAACAGGCUCCGCAAGGGAGCCACCAUUCGCUUCUCCCGCAGCAUGGUCGUGAAUCUCAAGGACCGGCUUUUCGUGCGCUCUGAUACCACUAUUGAUGGGCGGGGGGCGACGGUGAAGAUUAAUGGCCCCAUGGCGGUGUAUCGGUCGAGGAAUGUGAUUAUACACAACGUGGCUAUAGGGAACGCCAAGGGGAACACGGACGCGCUGCAUAUUCGGAACAGCUCGCGCGUGUGGGUGGACCAUUGUAGAGUGACCAAUACGUAUCGCGGCACAAUUGAUGUUGUGAAGGGGUCGACAAACGUGACUAUAUCAAACUGCUUCAUCCGCAACUUCGGUUUCACCAUGCUGCUGGGUGCAGCAGACAACGACACAUUUGACACGCAGAUGAAGGUAACAGUCUACCGCAACUGGUUCUAUGGGUCAGGCCAGAGGCAGCCGCACGGGCGCUGGGGCAAGAUACACGUGGCCAACAACCUCUACACCAACUGGACCUACUACUGCCUCGGCGGCCGCGUGCACGCCAACAUCCGGUCAGACCGAAACAUUUUCAUCGCGGGCAGCAAACGCAAGGAGGUGACGCCGUGGUUUGGGCCGCAGAGCCCGUCGGUUCCUGGGUUUGACAACACGCCCACCAUCCGUUCGUUCAACGACUCGUUGCGCAACGGUGCCACCUUCCAUGUCUUCCCGGGGACCCCGCCCAAGCCGACCUUUGUGCCGCCGUACAAGCUGCCGCUGCACUCGGCCGAUGACAUCCUGGGGGCGUUUGUGGCAAGGAAUGCCGGGCCUCGUGUGGGCACCGCGCCUCUCCUGCCCUGCACCACCACCACCUGCUGGAGCUGCUGCUGA